CCCAUGUUUUAUUCUUCCCAUUUAUCGCUUCAUUUUCAUUUUUGUUUAAAUCCGUUCAUUUUCUUUAUCUGCAUGUACUUUCUGAUCACUCCUCACUUGUACUACUCUCAACAACAUGGAGUUCAGUUCUGAAGCCAACCAUCGCAUUGCAAGAAUCUCUGCUCAUCUCUGCCCUCCAAAUCUCCAGAUGGAGGAGAAUUGCGGGUUGAGGCAAGCAAAUUGCCGGGGAAAAGGUGGGGCGCCCGGAUUCAAGGUAGCCAUCCUGGGUGCUGCUGGAGGCAUUGGACAACCCCUUGCAAUGCUCAUGAAAAUGAAUCCCUUGGUCUCAGUCCUUCACCUUUAUGAUGUUGUCAACGCCCCUGGUGUAACGGCUGAUAUUAGUCAUAUGGACACUGGUGCUGUGGUGCGUGGUUUCCUAGGACAGCCACAGCUAGAGAGUGCUCUGACGGGCAUGGACCUUGUGAUUAUACCUGCUGGAGUACCGAGGAAGCCUGGAAUGACAAGGGAUGAUCUUUUCAAAAUCAAUGCUGGAAUUGUGAGGACCCUUUGUGAAGGCAUUGCAAAGAGUUGUCCUAAUGCAAUUGUCAACUUGAUCAGUAAUCCAGUGAAUUCAACAGUUCCUAUUGCCGCAGAGGUUUUCAAGAAAGCUGGCACUUAUGAUCCAAAGCGACUUCUGGGAGUUACUAUGCUCGAUGUUGUAAGAGCGAACACGUUUGUGGCAGAAGUUCUGGGACUUGAUCCUAGGGAAGUUGAUGUUCCAGUUGUUGGAGGACAUUCAGGAGUAACAAUUUUGCCUCUUCUGUCACAGGUUAAGCCUCCUUGCUCCUUCACCGCCCAAGAAACUGAAUACCUGACACAUCGAAUUCAAAAUGGUGGUACCGAGGUUGUUGAGGCUAAAGCUGGGGCUGGUUCUGCAACACUUUCAAUGGCUUAUGCAGCUGUUAAAUUUGCUGACGCAUGCCUCCGAGGGCUGCGAGGAGAUGCUGGUGUUGUAGAAUGUUCUUUCGUUGCAUCUCAGGUGACAGAACUCCCUUUCUUUGCAUCCAAGGUACGACUUGGUCGUACUGGAGCCGAAGAAGUCUUCCAACUUGGACCACUGAAUGAGUAUGAGAGGAUUGGCUUGGAGAAAGCAAAGACAGAGUUAGCAGGUAGCAUUCAGAAGGGGAUUUCGUUCAUCAAGAAAUGAACAAAAAAUGAGAAAAUCUUCUAUAUGACUUUGUGUCUCUUUCUUCGUAAUGUUAAGACUUCUGUAACUAGCA